AUGGUGCUGCCCACGAUUCGUGAGCUGGAAACCAUCCGCAUAUCGCUAGGCACAGGGGCUGCAUCGUCCAUAGCGGAGGCCCCUGCCGCCACCACAACCUCCACCCACAACAAUAGCAGCCUGCACCGCAACAGUGACUGCCCACGGCCAACCGCCGGGCGCUGCCGCGGAUCUGGCUCCGCCAAGCAUGUCGAGGCUUGGCCAGCAGCCAGAGCAGGUCUCUGGUGGUGCACAUGCAACCCCAUCGACACCAGCUGGCGACUCCAGGCCCCAAGCACCCGCUCCACAGCGGAUCUAGCGCUGUUCACACACCCAAUGGGAAACCAAGCCCUCGCGUCAGCAUCGGCGGAAUCGGCUAACAGCGACAAGCCCAUGGGAAUUCUGACCAAAUACAAGGGCGAGCUUCAGGACGUCACGGACAAGUGCAACGUGCUGGCGCAGUUUGCUAGCCCAGUACGGCCCGAGCGCAACAAGUUCAACGCCCAGCCGUCUGACGAUCUGGUUAUCGACAUGGCGCGCAAGGCGUACGAGGUUUUGAUGGUCUUCAUGACAAUUCGCCGCGAGCGCAUGUCAACGAGUGUUGAUGAUGAUACCAUGGAGUAUAUUCGGCAAACGUCGCACUGUGCUUUCACCUGCACGGUCAAAAGACCCCGCAAGCGCUCUGUAAGUAGCGCGCCUCGCGCUUGUUUGUUGUUAUUGUUAUUGUUUUCCUUUUGGGCUGAUAUGUCAUUUGCAAGUGCUGGCCAGGGAAUUGGGUUGUAUAUUUUUCUCCAUCGCCUGUGUCAGUAUGAAAACAUAGCACACAUGUGA